AUGGAGCCGGACAAGUUCAUCGAUCCCAAUUUAACGCGCCAGGAUCUGCUGGUUUUGCAGAGUCUCCUGCGGGAUGCCCGGGAGAAAUCGACGGACAACACCAACACCAACAUCAACAAAGGCAAUGGCAAUGGCAACAACAAUGGCAAGGAAGCUCCAGAAAACAAGGAGACGUCCAUGAUAAACCACAUGGAAUCCCUCAACAACCCCCAAAGCCCGCACUUCGAUCCCACCGUCUUCGUCACCUGGGAUACUCCAGACCUCCAGCGAUUCCUCCCCAGCAUCAUCACCACCUACCUCCUGAAUCCCUACAUCCACCUGGGCCGCAAACUGGUCCGCGUGGAAACAGACGUCGUCAUGCUCACUCAUCUCCUCCUGUACUGCUGCACCUCCGUCCCCAGCGCCGUGUAUCUCUACUGCUACCGCUUCACCUGGAUCCACGCCGUCCUGCACUGGCUCAUGCAGUCCUACUUCACGGGAACCUACACCCUGAUGAUGCACCAGCACAUCCAUAUGAACGGUAUCCUGACCAAGCGCCUUGCCUUCCUCGAUGCCCUGUUCCCUUACAUCCUCAAUCCGCUCAUGGGCCAUACCUGGAACUCGUACUAUUAUCAUCACGUGAAACAUCAUCAUGUCGAGGGUAACGGUCCCGACGAUCUGAGUUCGACUAUCUACUACCAGCGGGAUUCGGUGGUCGAUUUCGCUAAAUACGUCGGCCGUUUUCUGUUCCUCGUGUGGUUAGAGUUACCGCUUUAUUUUCUUCGGCGCGGGAAGCUCGCGACGGGGCUCAAGGCUGGCGCGUGGGAAUUGGGGAAUUAUCUUGUUCUGUAUCUCUUGUGGAGAUUCGUCAGUGCGAGGGCGACGGUUUUUGUGUUCCUUUUGCCGCUUCUGCAGUUGCGCAUCGGGCUUAUGGUGGGGAAUUGGGGUCAGCAUGCUUUUGUCGAUGAGGUUGAUCCCGCGUCGGAUUUUAGGUCCAGUACGACUUUGGUUGAUGUUGCCAGCAACCGCUUCUGCUAUAACGACGGCUACCAUACCUCCCACCAUCUCAAUCCGAGAAGACACUGGCGCGAUCAUCCCGUCGCCUUCUUGAAACAGAAGGAUCGCUACGCUGAAGAGCAUGCUCUUGUUUUCCGCAAUAUCGACUAUAUCAUGCUUACCGUGAACCUGCUGCGGAAAGAUUAUGUCCACCUCGCCAAAUGCCUCGUGCCGAUGGGCGACCAGAUUCCGUUGAGUCUGGAGGAGAAAGCUGCCAUGUUGAGGGGGAAGGCGAGGAAGUUUACCGAGGCUGAUAUCGAGAUGAAAUUUCGUGGUAAGUAA